AUGUCAAUUUAAUAUACUUCUGAUGAAUAACUCACCUUCCAAUAUUUCUUUACAAUCUGCGAUAAAACAGACUAAGGAAUACUCAGAAAAGAUAUGGCGACCAAUUUUUUAUAGGCAAGUGGUUUAAAUUAACAAAUCUUAAAAACUAUAUAUGAGAUAGCAUCAUCUAAUGAUAAGAUAUUCACAAAAGAUGAAUUUUUUGCUGCUCUUAAAUUGAUUGCAUUAGCCUAAGAUGGUUACUAUCCAGAGCAGAAAUUACUUACACAAAAUAUCCCCACUCUCCUGCCUUAAAUCUAAGGUUACUAACAUCCAAUUUACGAUAUCCCUGAAGAAUAGAUGAGAAAAUACGAAACCUAUUUUGUCAAGUUGGAUAAAGAUGGCAAUUAAACAAUCAAGGGUAAGCAUGCAAAAGCCUUAUUUUCUAAAUCUGGAUUGAGUCAAGAUAAAUUAAAAGAAAUAUGGAAUCUAUGUGAUAUUGGGGAAAAGGGUCAUUUAAGCAAAGGAGAAUUUAUUGUUGCUUUUCAUUUGGUUUUAUUGUGUUGUAAAUGUAAAUACCCUCUACCAACCAGGCUACCUGAUUCUUUACUUCAGCUUGCUGCAAGAAUCUCCAUUAACCCAAGGAUUAGAUUGGAGUCAAAUCAAAAUGCCGUUCCUCAAUAAAGACUUGGUUCCAAUUCCAAUCUACUCAAUUAACCUAGAUAAAGAUUAGGAUCAGAUGCCAAUAAUGGAAUUCAAUAGGUUUAAAAUUUUGACUAGAUACAAUAAGUAAUUGAACCAUUAAAUGCGAAUAUAUUACCAGGGUAUGAUUAAAAUGAAAUGAAUUCGAUGCGAUAAUAAAUUAAUGAUUCUACUUAGCAAGUUUACAAAAUGUAAAAUUAGUUUAAUGAAUUUUACUAAAACAAUACACUUUUAAACAAAGAAGAGAUGUAUUAAUUGCAAGCUUAGAAUGAUAAGUAAAUGAAUGAUUGA